AUGCCCGACCAAAACCUCGGUCCCGCACUCCCCUCCUCCCCCUCCAAAACCCCCUCCAACCCACCACCCUCCUCAAACAACAACAUCUACCUCUCCGACGUCCUCGGCACCUCCCGAAGCAUCAACAUCUUUGCAGGCUUCACCCGCGACUUCGCGCCCAUCUCCCAGCGCUUCGAAGACGAGAAUCUGAACACCACGAUCCUGGCCCCACUAAACAGCGCUAUCAUGGCGCUUCCCCGGAAACCGUGGGAGGAUCCGGCGGAUGGCGGGGAAGGUGUGUAUGAUGCGGCUGGGGGAGAGGAGAAGGCGCAGAGAAAUUUGAUGAGGUUUGUGGAGGCGCAUGUGGUGGGUGUGAGUCCUUGGGAGAAGGGGCAGAGAACGAAGACGCUUGAGGGGGGAGAGGUCUGGUGGGAGGAGAAGGGGGGAAAGAAAGUUAUCCAACCAGGCGAUAUCGAGGUUGAUUCAGUUGCUAAUCAGGUUCAUAAUGGGGAGGUCUGGAUUUUGAAGGGAGUCAGGAAUUACAAGUAG